UUUACAUAUUUGGAUUUAAAUUAUAAUUAGAAUCCAUAGUUGUAAAGAUUGUAAAGUGAUGUAUUUUAACAAUUAAUUUAUUUGUUCUAUAUUAGAGGAAAACAGUCUCAUAUGAAUACUUAUAGUCAUUUGUGAUAAGGAACAUUGUUCAAGUAUCACAUAAGGUGAUGUGACAUUUUGAUUUACACUUAUAUGUGAUUCUGACCGGACGGAUUAUAAGUGAUGUGAUUAAUUUCGCAAUUAUAGAGACUGUCUAAUUGUGUGAACAAUGUAAUAGCUGAUUGGAUUAUUAAAUUGAAUUCAAAUUCAAAAUGAUUAUCCUUAAUGCUAUUGAUGGAUCUUUACAGUUGAUCCGUUUUUCUGCCGUUCAACACUCAGGUUUAAUGAGCUUUGAUUUCCAUGCGUUGCAAAACAAUCCACUCGUUUCCUUCUUUAUUAUUAGCUUCAAUAGCAUAAUUGAGGAGUGGGACUCCAUGUUUUAAAAGAUAUAAAUCCUUUACGUAAAAGGAAAAAAGAUAUAUGAGACCCACUCCUUGUUUUAUUUUCCUCACUCCACGAACAUACGAAGUAUACGUACUCUUUGGCAUUUCGGCUCUCAGCAUAAGAAUUAUCAUUAUUUGAUAUCUUCUUUGAGAGCAAAAGGUUCCAUAGCCUCUUUUGAGUUUUCCUAUUCUACGGCAAAUCGGGCAACGGUCGAAGGUUUCAGUCAAGGUAGCUACGAGUCUGAAACGUGGUAGGAUUAUCCUGGGAGCGAGCUAGCCAGACCCGUCCGAAUAGCUAGCGGGAUACGGGGGCUAUCUUUCUUCAAGGCCAGUCCGUUUUAACGGACGAUCCUGCGAUAAGUUUUCUUUUACUUUCUGUUAUUUCAUUUUAAUUUAUUCUAAUUAUUGUUUUUCAUUCCUUGCAUUUGGUGGUUUGUCUGGUGAUUUGAUUUAAACUCGGGAUUUUUAUCUGGUUAAACUCGCUUUUUAAUAUCAAUUUGUCUAACAAUCUUGAAGAAAGAUAUUAUUUCUCGAGUUUUGGAAAAUCCAAAAAUGGCAAACUUGGAAAAUGCUGUUUCCGAAAAUGUUGUUGAGAAUAAUGUGAAUGAAAUCCCUGAAAAUAAUGUGUCUGUGACUAAUUGUGGAGACACACUUGACUAUGUUGCUACGGGCUCGCAAAGGGUUGAUUUAACUGGAAUGCCGGAAAAAUUUUCUGGGCAUUUUUUCAAGCGUUGGCAACAACGUAUGAAAAUUUGGUUAAUCACCAAGGGCUUGCUCUCGGUAAUUAUGACGGUGUGUCCCCCCGUUGUUGAAUCAGAUCCCAAAAGUCUUGAACGCCAAGCUUUAUGGCGUGAGAGGGAUGAAAUUGCAAAAGGCAUGAUUUUGUUGGGUCUCUCCAACAUGUUAUUUGAUGUCUAUUGCACCCUCCACGGCACGGCUAAGGACCUUUGGGAUGAGUUGGAUAAGAAAUAUAAUACUGAGGACCACGGUCUUGAAAAGUAUAUUGUUUCUAAAUUCCUACGAUUUGACAUGAAAGAAGGUAAAUCGGUGUUAGAACAGACACAAGAAUUUGAGCUUAUCUUACAUUCUCUUCGUGAAGCGGAUAUGGAAUUGCCUGAAAAAUUUAAAGUGAUGGCGGUCAUAGAAAAAUUUCCCAAAUCAUGGGAAGAUUUUGGUAUGACUUUAAAACAUAAAAUGAAAAAGAUCACUUGGAAAUCUUUGAUGCAUUCCAUUACUGUUGAGGAGGAACAUAAGAAAGCGGGUUAUAUUGCGCCUGUUGAAUUUCAACCGAAGGCUCAUGUUAUAACUGGGGGAAAGCAAGCACAUAAUUCUAAAAAUAAACAAUCACCAUCUUUUACACCCAUAAAGGCCAAAUUAAAAAUUGCAAAGAAACCAAAGGCAAACCGACCAUGCUGGAACUGUGGACAGAUGGGGCAUUGGGCCAAAUUAUGUCCAAAUAAAAAGGCCAAGGCUCAAUCUGGGGGACCUCAAGUCAACAUGGUGACUGGAGGGACUAGUUCUAAUGGCCUGCGGUUGGAAGAACAGUGAUGAUGGGGAACACAAGUGCUGCAAGUGUGCAAGGAAUUGGAAAAGUAGAAAUUAAAUUUCCUUCGGGAAAAAUUCUAUCUUUGCAUGGGGUGCAUCACGUUCCCGAAAUUAGAAGGAACAUUGUUAGUGGUUCCAUUCUUGUUAAGGAGGGUUAUGAGCUAUCUUUUAAAUUAAAUAAAGUUGUAAUUUUAUUUGGCGGAACUUUUAUUGGCAAGGGUUACUUGUCGGAUGGACUUUUUAAGAUUGUGGUUGAUUAUUUUGAAUUAAAUUAUGUAGCUGAGAAUUGUGAUUCUUCUUGUUUAUGGCAUUGUCGUUUGGGUCACGUUAAUUUAGAUUCUGUAAAAAGAAUGAUGAAUUUAAAUUUAAUCCCUAAACACUCUAU